AUGGGUGGGUCUGCAGUGGGCGGGGCUCAGGCUCUGGUGCCUGGGCAGCACAGGCAGAUCACCUCCACGGACGAGCAGCUGGACUACUACCGGGACUGCACCUUCUUCAGUGAGCAGGACAUCCUCACGCUCCACGCGCAAGCACGCUUCUACCAGCUGGCCCCCACCGUCCCAGUGGACUGUCGGAAAAGCCCCGUCGUCCAUGUGCAGAUGAGCCUCGUCAUCGUGAUGCCAGAGCUCCGGGAGUACCCAUUCAAGGAAAGGAUCGUAGAGGUUUUUACCGAGGAUGGCAAGGGGAACCGCACCUUCGGCAACUUUGUGGGUAUGUCCUCUGUGCUCUGCGAGUUGGCUCUCCGGGAGCUCAAGGCAAACUAUUCCUUCAACACCUACAACUUCGUCUGCAAGGAGGAUCUGGAGCGGAAGCUGGCCGGGCUCACCCAGUCGGAGUUGGACGAGGAGGAGGUGAUGCUCGUGUGCGACAAGAUCAUCGAGGAGGCCGACCUGGACAAGGAUGGUAAACUGGACUUUGUGGACCUUGAGGACGUGAUUGCCAAGGCCCGCGACUUCCUCAGCACCUUCCACAUCCGGAUCUGA